AUACUUUCGCAAUUCUGCCAUAUCAACUCACAGUGUUUAAGUGGAUGUACGUGUACAACUGAGCGUCAUGGUAGGUCACUUACAUGCAUGGAGAACGCUCUAGAGGAAAUACCUGGAAAAAUUCCCGAGGACUUCACAAAGAUUCGGAUUGAAAAAGCUCACUUUACAGAAAUCCCUGGGAGAUCCUUAGUAAGGUUUCGGGCGUUGGAACACCUGUGGUUGAAUUUCAACGAGAUCAAUAUUAUCCACCCCACUAGCUGGGAUGGAUUAGGCAAUUUGACCGAAUUGAGGUUGCAAGGGAACAAGCUCCGGUCAGUACCAUGGACAGCGUUUGAGAACACGCCACUUUUGAAAAUUUUAGAUUUGAAACACAAUCUUAUAGAUGCUCUUCCAGAGCAGGCUUUGAAACAUUUAGCAAGUCUGACCUACUUAGACUUGUCCUUCAAUAAGCUUACGGUCAUAUCUAAAGAUGUCUUCUUAAAUUGGCCGUUGCACCACAAAAUGGAGAACGGAGAGCAAGUGCCGAAUGUUGUCCUGGCAUUUCACGACAACCCAUUCGAAUGUGACUGUCGCCUGAAGGGGUUUGUGGACUUCAUAAGAUCCGUCAGUGCGCCUAUCAUCCUGAUGAACUCUUACUUGUCCUGCGCCAGCCCGCAUGUGCGCGCAGGCAAAUUCUUCCAUGAGUUUGAUCUGAAGACCUGCAUGAAGCCAGUGGUUACAACAUCUGUCGCCAACAUCACUAUCCCAGCUGGCGGGGGUGUUCCUCUCACAUGUGUAGUUAAAGCUCGACCAGAACCAACUGUUUGGUGGACAUAUGGUCUGAAGAUCAUAAGAGGAUUUAAUGAAUCCUUCGCCCGAGUGGACGAAGACACGGUGAGGUCCCAACUAACGAUUCCAUCUCUGCAAGCAACUGACCAAGGCAUGUAUACAUGCACAGCCAACAAUUUCCUGGGGAACUCCUCGGUUAGCAUACGGCUGGAUGUCAAGACGCCUGAAAACUCCUCAGACCUCUCCCCUGACUCAACAGUUAACCAGAACGUGUACAUCGAUAUCCGCAUUGCCAAACAAACCGUGUACGGCAUCACUAUCGAAUGGUAUGCGGUGUUGGAGAACCCUGCUGAGACCUGGUUCACCAUCCACUUUGGCCAAUUCGAUGCUGCUAAAAAGGAGAUGAUUUAUAUCGGCCCUGGCAUCAACAGCUACUCAGUGUCAGACCUGAUGCCGGCCACCAAAUAUGAGAUUUGUGUCACUCUGAAGAACCAGAUUCCCAGGUCAGGUCAGUGCAUUGUGUUUGUGACGGGAAAUGACAUCUCCGAGAUGGAACAGAGGGAAAAGCUCAUUCACAUCAUUGUGAUUGUCCUGGCCAUGGUUCUGGCAGUUCCAGCAGGAAUGUACGCCUGCACCACAGACAUCAAAUUCAACUGUUUCCAGCGCUGCACAGACAGAGUCAGGAGGUUAAGAUGGCAGUCAUCAGAGAUGGACAAGUUCAGUGAUGGGCCGAAUUCAUUCGACAGCCUACAGGCAGCCAGUGACGAGGGUCUAUGCAAAGAGACAGCAGAGGACAGGAAAGCUCGCAGGAGGUCCGAUGCAAAAGGCCCCACGGCUGAGGACUAUUAG